AUGGCUGUUCACAUCCACUUAUUGGAUAACGUCGCCAUAAACUUCCAUAUCACUGGCAAAAAUCUUCCCUUGCCUCCUGCAACGGAAGCCGAGCUCCGUCAGUUCUUCAUGCAGUUCGACGUCAACAAAGACAAGCAGCUUUGCAAGGAAGAGCUCAAGAGAGCAUUCAACAGCCUGGGCGCCAUCAUCCCAGGUUACAGGGCCCGCCGCGGCCUCGGCCUCGCGGAUGCCGACGGCGACGGGAAAGUGGACGUCGUUAACGAACUCGAUCAUCUCGUUAGAUAUGCUUUGAGGCUCGGCUACUCCGUCAAAAAUUAA